AUGGUUGAAUAUGGGGUAUUGGAAGCAUUGGCGUCGAAACUGGUAUCCGCGGCCAGAUUGAAAGAGGGCGCUACAAUCCUGGUGUCCCUCGUCAAUGCGGAUGCUAUCAGCGACGGAGCACCCGACCAUCCCCUAUCACCAACUACUCUCUUUCCUCCCUUUGAUGCGAUUCUUGCACUGGACUGUGCCUACCACUUCAACUCCCGCCGGCUAUUCCUGGAGCAGUCAUUCGCCAGACUAAACCCUGGCGGUCGCAUAGCUUUGGCUGAUAUCUGCUUUUCCAAGAAUGAUCUUGACACGUUCAAAACUCGUCUCGUCACCUCAUUACUUCGGAUGAUGCCUUUAUGCAACCGCGUCUCGCUCGAGGAGUAUCAACUUCACAUGCAACAGACAGGAUACGAAGAGGUGGAGGUGGAGGACAUUACUGCAGACGUGUUUUCUCCGUUCAUUGCGUUCUUGAAAACACAAGGGUUUGGAUGGUGGACGUUUGCCGUUAUGUUGGAUGUUUACGAAAACUGUGAUGGAAUUACGGGAACAAAAACAACACUGUACAUACAGAGACCGCUCGAUUGCUGCAACGGUUAUGACAUUGCGGCCAACUUGUCCAUGACCGCAUUUGGUUCCAUCAGUGUUCUUCUCCACCCACAUAUGGUUUAUAAGUCGAGUUCCCAAAUCCGCUGUGACGUCCGCGACGACCCCGCCAGGCAGAACUUUGACUUUGCAGGUGAACUUUGUCGUUGUCUUGAAAAAGCCCAACAACACCAGCUUCUCGGUGACAUAAACCACCAUCGGGUCGUCUUUGUCGACUUCUACUCCGAUCACGAGCGGGCUGAGCGUGCAGAGUUUGACCGGGUCUUGAAUCAGCUCUAA